AGAGGAGAGGAAUCCGGGCUGGAGGGUGCAAGCGCGGCACGGAGUUGUCGGAUGCAGACCUGCUCUUUGCUGUAAGUAAACCUGUAAAGCUACAGUGGGACCAGAUGAAUGCAACUUGAAAGGGGAACGGAAAUUUCUUUUCCUGUGAUGCUGUUUCCUUUGAUUCUUUUAAGUAGCAAAGGCUUAUCUGCCAAAUAAACCCGCGCUGUAAGAAGCAGGGGUGGGCAGAAACUCUUGGAAUUAAAAUCUGUGAGUCUUGCGGUCUCAGUCUCUGGGCUUUGCAUAUCUUUGGGGUUGGUAAACUUUGAUUUGCUGGAGAGCUUAUCUGCAUCUAGAAGGGAGGGUUUGCCUCUGGCUAGCGUGCCCUUUGCAUUCAUUUAAACAAUCCCCUUGUCCUGUAAAAGUUGAUCUGGAACCGCUGCAUGGGUCUUUUGUAUCACAGCAGCUAUUUUCUGCCUUCUUCAUUUUCUUAACUUCAGCUUCUUUUAGCAUCUUCCAUCCUGUCCUGCUCGCUCUCACUCUGUUGAAUAUUCAAACUCUCAAUCUGUACAUGGGCAAAAUUUAUUAUUGCUUUGAACUUACAAAUAAAAUAAGUGAAUUCCCACAUCCACUCUGGGAAAGGAAAACAUUCAGUCUGAAGUAUAAUUUGGAGCCGAUAGGAAAAUGCAUCUCAUGAACAGUUUGUGCUAAUUCUAUAGCUCUGGUACCAAGGCACCAUCUCUCUUAUCAUCAAGAGUAUUGCAUGUAAGCUCUGUGUUUUAAUAGCAACUUGGUGUGGCUAAUUAGUUUGCAGACUCUUUGAAGAAGCCAAUGUACUGACUAAAUAAGCUCUUAUUUUUCAAAGCAACUAAAGGUACUCUUAAUUUGCAGAGCAGAUACUUGUAACGCUGCCUUUGGUUUGCGUGCUAGGAGCCAGUAUGAAGCCAAGGUGAUAGAGGCUCUGUGCUUGCAGUCAGGUUUACUCCAGUGCUGUCUGCGAGGGCUGGUGCUCGAGGGAGGUGUCUGGGUCUUUGGCACAGUAGCACAGCAUAAAUUUAUGCCACUGGGCUCAGUGUGUCUGGUAGGAGAGUGUCGUGUAAUGAAUGCUCCUGCACUGCUGAAGUUGGUGACAGUUUUGUCCAUCUUUUCGCUGUCCACAGGCAGGUUAAGUCCAGUAAUGAAGAGCCGCUCUGAGUUUCUAACCAGAUGACAUGGCUGAUCCCGAAGCCUGCAUAAAGAGGCCAUAGUAAUUAGCAGAUUUGUGACUUUGAGAGUUCUGAUUCCCUUCGUACAGUUUGUUACAACAGCAAGGAUUUGCAGUGAGUGAAUAACAGGUGACAGUCACCAGAAGGUUUACUGUGCACAUCUUGUGAUGUGGUGCUGGUCUGCCUCAUGCCAGCGCUAAAGAAAUAACUGAGAGGUCUUAAAAAAAGUAAAAAUAAAAUUGCAGCUCCAUGGGCCCCAUCAGCAUGUCUGUGCUCAUAGCCCUGGGGAAGGCGGGAGGAAGAAACAAGGAAGCCUGACCUUUGUUUCCUUGCAGUGCCAAGGGCUGGUGCUGCAGCUCCUUACCCGAGCUGCGGGACAUGGCUUGUGGCCUGGGCUGCUGCUGGAGAUGUUUCUGUGACCCAAAAGGCCCCCAGUGUCGGAGGGGUGCUUGCGUCUUUGUGGCUGGCAGGGUGCUUACAGCAGGCUGGGAGAACUGUGAGAGUACAGCAACUUCACUCUUCUGCCUGACAAGUUAAAAUCGUCUGUGAGCACUGAUCUGUUGGCCCUCCGAGGAGGGCAUGUCUCCAUCUUGUGUUGCAAAACUGAGUGAAAGUUGGGAAAUGUUUAUGGCUGCUGCCAUGCGCGCUCAUUAAUUCUCCCUUUUGGCCUCAUCCAACUUACUGUGGUGAAAACAGAGAGCAAGGGUGUAAUUAGAAGCUGAUUUUUAAAGUGAAUAUCCAAGGCAAGAGGCAGACAUACUACAGACAGGCACAUGUACAUCUGGCAUCACCCAGCUCUUGCUUUUACAAGCUCUUUUGCUGCAAACUGCUGGCUGUAGUUCCUAUUUUGAACGUGGUGUUUGAGGGUGACAGUCCAGGCUUUGGGCAAUUUGCACAGCUGGGGUUGGUGACAUCCUCAGCAUCCUUUGAAAUCAGGCUGUGUGCGGUGGGAGUGGGGAGUUGCAUCUACUUUGCAAAAAUAACUCCAGCCAGGGAGCUCCAAUGGGAAACUCUUGUGUUCAUGGCGGAUUUCAAAGUGAGUGGUGAGCAUGGUUUGCUUGUUCAGAGAGGACGAUGUCACCUGGCCAGGCGUCAGGAGAAGCUGGGGGGAAGCUGCUGGGUGCACGAGGUGCCUGGUGGCCAUGGCUGGGGACCUGGAGAAGUUUGGCUUGGCAGAGACCAAAGCCAUUGAUCCACGGCAUUUACUGUGUGCACAGCCUGUUGUCAUGGCCAGGAAUGAAGUAGCAAUUUUGUUAUAGAGCUGAACAAACCAUCCUUCCCAGGCCACAGUCCUAGAAAGACAGCGAUGUCAUUUGCAAGAGCGGCCUAAAAAGUUUUUAGUGUGCAGUCAGAUUGUACUUCCAGACUUUUCUUCUGCAUUGCUGGAAGGUUAGGACUUCCUUCUUCUGGUUUUAACAGGGAGCUGAAUUUCUUGCCCUGGCUCUGUGUUCCUGGCUUUGUGAGCUUCAUGACCAAACCAGAAGCUGUCAGGAUGCUGUAUGGCAGGCACUAUCCCCCUUGGUAAGGAGGCAGCAGCUGAUGAGGUAUCUACUUUCAGUGUUAUGACAAAUCCAGGAAAACACCAAGAACUGAGUGGUCUUUUGGAGGUGAAUAGCCCUCUUUGCCAAGUUCUGUCCCCUGAAGCUGAUAAGAGCUAUGAAUUUCUCUGUCCUUAAAGACACUCAAGGUCAAGCUGGAUCAGACUGUAGUCAUCCCUGUUUGUUGUAGGGUAGUUGGGGCAGAUGACCUUUAAGGGUCCUUUCCAACUCGUAUGAUUCUGUGAUUUGUUCCUUCCAUAUCUGACCCAGCCUUUGUGGGGUUGCUGGGUGCCUGCCCAUUCCCUCUGUUCAUAGGACUCUUCUCAGCAGUUCAACUGAAUGUGUUGGGAAUAAGGCUCUGCCCCAGCAUCUCGCUUCCUACUGUAAAAUAGGCUUGAUUGAAUUUUCUGGCUCUCCUUUUCAUUGCUUGCAGACAUCCAAAGCCUUUACUUCUCAGUGGAGAGAAGUAUUUUGGGAAUUACAGCUAAUGUGGAAACCUAAAUAAUGUGUUUUGCCAUAACAUUGUUGCAGAUUUUUUAUUUAUUUAUCUAUUUUAAUUUAAAAUAUCUUUGCGGAACAUUUCUGCUGGCAUAGAAGUCAUUCAUGUGUGUAUUUUCUCUUCCCAUUUGGGGCAUUUGUGGUGAUUUCUGCACAGGGAAAGAUAGGAGGCUUAACUCCAGAGGGCUGGAAUAGCCUGGUAGUGAGUGGGGAGUGAACAGCUCUCCAUGUUUCCACACCUCCAGGCAGAUAUAUUGCAUACAGUAGAUUUGGAGUGUUAAAUCUACUCCCAGCGGUCAGUGCUACCUAAUGAGAAUGGGAACAAGGAGCUACAUAGAAUAUUUGUGGGGAAGAGAAGGGGUAUGUAUGAGCUGGUUGUGUACAUAGAAGACGCUUUAGAGGCACUGUUGUCCUAAAAUGGUGUGGAGGGAAAGUGGAGAGCCCUGGAAGUGCCGUGGCACAGCGUGAAAUACAGCGGCAAGACUCAGGCACUCAGCAUGCGGUGGGUGGGAUGCUGCCGUCAGUGCAUGCUGUGUAUGUGGGCAGCGUGGGGGUCACGCAUGGGUGGGUUUUGACCUCUUUCUUUUUCCUUAACUUGAGGCAUGUGUGCUUUUCAGUCUGGUGAUUUCGUGUUUUGCAAACAUGAACUUGCUUGGACUUCCCAGUCUGGGGUAAGUCUUCCACCUCAAGAGGAAUGUGGCAGAAAAGGAAAGUUGCUGCCAUGUAUGAAUGAGGAUUUUUCAAACCACCAAGAGCACUCCAUGAAAAUUGGUCUGAAAUAAAGUAAAAGCUUUACUUUGAUGCAUUCUCGCAGUUUGGAAGUCAAAAUUUCAGUGUCUCUCUCUUCAUUAACAUUUCUGAGAUUUGUUUUCUAAUUCAGAAGUUUUGUUUAAAAAAAAAAAAAAGGCAAAAAGCUUGAACACCUGAACUGAUGAUAGAAAGCUGUGUCUCAGAAAUUAACAGUAACACUGGCAUUGAAAGCAGUUUGAGCAUUGCUCUGCGACUUUACUACAGCUGUUGCAAAAAAAAAGUAAGCAAGAAUUUAUUUGUAAUCCAGUGUGCCAUCUUUGCAAAUCAGCCUUUUUCUGUUUGGGUCCUCGUGCUUCUCCUAAAGCAGAAAAUUGUGCAUAGGCCUGAUUAAAUGGUAGCUCUGGUCCAUGCAGACUUCCCUCAGAUGAACGGGUUGGAGGAUACUUUUGUAAUGGAGCAGUUACUGAGUGUCUGUGCUAGACAACAGUGUAGCCCGAAAGCUGGGGAAGGAAGCUGUUGUGCUAUAGCUGACCUCUGUGCUGGGGUUACUUUGAGGGUUACAUGGCUGUGAUGUGAUCCAUGGACACAACACUGAUGUACAUCAGCACAUAGUACAGCAACUGAAGUGCAUGGAGUGGGUGCCUGGCACGUGCCUGUCUCUGGAAUUUCACAUGAGAUGAAUUUAGUUGAAGCUUGGGUGACUGCCCGACUGCGUGAACCGGAGCACAAGGAACAUUAGAUUUGCUUCAUAAGUGCAUUCUUGGUAUGUACAGAAGUGCUGUGACAGAGAAGCAUUGUUGAUGGCAGCCCUUGGUCAUGAAGGUGUUGGGAGGGACAGGGGCUAGCAAGCAGACUGAAUCUCUCUCUUGCUUUGCAGUUUUUGACUGUAUUUCUUCUCUGUCCAUCCCAUGGUCACAAGGCAUAAUAAUCACUGCCCUGUGCCUUGCUGCAGUUUGGUAAAGCACUGCAUGAGGAGGAAGAGCAAGCAAAAUGAAAUCCAGACAUUCUAGAAAACAUAUUUGGUGAAAAUGGAUUAAGGAGUAAGCCUUCUCUGUUGUUGGCAGCAGUUGUGUUUGGAUAUGGGCUUAACGGGGUGACAGCACUCAAUCACCCCUGUACUGCAACAGCAUUGCCAAAUGACAUGAAGCAACCAGGGAUGUCCAACCUUGCCCUGCCCUCACAGGGAGAGCACAUCCAGCUCUGGACUACAACAGGAGAACAUAAUGUGUGUGAGAAAUGACACAUAUCCAGGUAAACAUCUCUUUCCAGCAGAACUAACAAAUGGGAGCUGGACUGAGUUGGGCCACCACUGUUUGUAGGCUGUGCUGUCAAACAAGGAACAAACUGAGUUUGUCAGCUUAAUCCUUAUUCCCUUAGAGACCCAGACUCAAAUAGCAUCGUGUGCUUCUGACAUUUAGGUGCAAUUGUGGGAGUUAACAUGUUUAGUAGGAUCAGCUUCUUUGUAAAGCUUGAGUCCAAAAGUUACUGCAGUCUGAAGGCAGCAUCACUCUUCUCUUCUGCUAGCAGAGACAAUGGAUCAGCAGAUGCCUGAGGGUUUUGUGCUUCUCACUGGGUCAGAUGGCUGCUGGUAUGGCUACUGAUUUAAAACUACUGAUGAGCCUUGGGGUCCAUCUCAGAACUCAGGUGCUGUUUCUAGCUGCAGAGGAGCUGUGCAGCUUCUUGAGUUCCUCUCUUCAGGUAUUUGUGCUAGGAAGGGAAGAGGCUCAAUGCAACCAUUUGUGACCUACAUCUGUGUGCUGCGUUCUGGAGGUCCCUAUUCUCAUCACUCUCCAUAAGCUCUGACCAUGUUUCUGAAGCACACGGGGCAAAAACACAUUUUUGCACUGUGCCAACGCAAUCACAGAGAUCUAAUCUCUCUCCUUUCCACACCUGCAGUGAGGAUGCGAUUAAGCUGGUCUGCAGGAAGAACGUCUGGCCUUUUGAUUUUAAAAAGCAAAGUUGUGGGGCUGCUGAGCUGAGCAAGCCAGAGCCUCUCCCUGCAGCCUGCGAGCUCCUGUCCUGCAGCUGAAGCCGUGCCAGCAGUGCCGGUGGGAGCGGAAGCCUGGCCUCGCUGCUGCUUGCUUUCCUGUCCCUGCGUGCUGAUGGGAACCUGAUCAGAGCACCGAGCCGGGUUAAAGCUCCUUGCAUUAAGUUACCUGGCCGAGCAGUGCUGGAAUGGCGGCUUCGUCUACCUGAUCAUGUUGCGCCGCAUCAAGCGCAAAGCUCCUCUUCCUCCCUCCAACGGCAACAACAGCAACAGCUGUGACCCCAAAGCCAAGCCCAGCCCUGAACCUGCUGACAGAGCAGCUCAGAAUGGGAAGAGGACCAGGAAGUUUGGAGUUAUCACGAGGACACCAGGCAGCAAGGAGAGCAAAGAAAAGCCAGAGCACGGGAACGGGCACUGCACUCCAAUGGAGGUGGAGGUGGCUCAGCCGGAGGCCCCUGAAGCAGAAGUUAAUGUUGAGGAGCAGCUGCACAGCACCAGGGGACAGCACCGGUCACGGCUGUCAGAGGGCAGCGUGAUGGACAUCGUUGAUCAAUCAGCCCAGCGAGAAGGUUCCCGCAUAUGGAAGAUGCACAUCCUGAAGGGGACGGACGGGCUGGGCAUUCAGAUAACAGGAGGCAGAGGCUCGAAGCGAUCCCCGCACAGCAUCAUCGUCACCCACGUGGAGGAGGGCGGCUCGGCACACAGGGACGGCAGGCUGACGGCAGGUGACGAGCUCCUGAUGAUCAACGGGCAGUCACUGGUGGGGCUGUCCCACCAGGACGCCGUGGCUCUCCUGCGCUCGGCCGCUGGCAUGGUGCAGCUGGUGGUCGCCAGCAAGGAAUCCGCUGAAGGGGAUUUUCUGAAGUACCCAUCUACCAGUUUGCCAGACUUGCUUAGCACUUGCUCAGUCCAAGACUCUAUCUCUUGCACUGACAAUAAAGAAAAUGAAGAGCCCGAAGAAGAAGAUGUGAAGGGAGAGAAUGUGUCUCCUGAAACACUGGUCGCUGUGAUGGAAACUGAGAAGUCUCAAGAUGCAGCUUCUGCAGAAGUGUCCAAAGGAAACAACCAGAGUCCAGCUCUGGGAAGUGGCAUACUGAAAUACAGAAGUAGAUCCCAAGGUGCUGGAUCACGCUUAGAGUCUGUGGGAGAGGAUGAUGAGCUGAUGGUGGAAAAUGGUGAAUCCAGCUAUGAGAUAGCAGUGAAAUACUCCCGGGGCGGAAGGAAGCACUCCCUGCCGCAGCAGCUGGAGUCGGCAGGAGCUCGACAGGAGUACCACAUUGUGAAGAAGUCCACUCGUUCCUUCAGUGCUGCCCAGGUGGAAUCUCCAUGGAGAUUGACCCAGCCGUCCAUCAUCUCUAACAUUGUUCUGAUGAAAGGGCAAGGCAAGGGUCUCGGAUUCAGCAUUGUGGGAGGUCAGGAUUCUGCUCGUGGACGCAUGGGGAUUUUUGUGAAGACUAUAUUCCCCAAUGGUGCAGCUGCUGCUGAUGGAAGGCUUAAGGAAGGAGAUGAAAUCCUGGAAGUUAAUGGAGAGUCUUUACAAGGGCUGACCCAUCAGGAGGCCAUCCAGAGGUUCAAGCAACUCAAGAAAGGUGUGGUGACCCUGACGGUGCGCACGCGGCUGCGCAGCCCCAGCCUCACACCCUGUGCAACUCCCACCCUGCUGAGCCGCUCCAGCUCGCCCAGCUCCAGUGCCAGCGGUGGCACACCAGUGCCCGGCCCCGACGAGGCAGAUGGUUCCUUCUCCAGCCGCAAAGGCCCCGGCCCAAAGGACAGAAUUGUCAUGGAUGUGACGCUCAAUAAAGAGCCAGGGGUUGGACUCGGCAUUGGUGCCUGUUGUCUCACGCUUGAAAACAGUUCUCCGGGGAUAUAUAUCCACAGUCUGGCCCCAGGAUCAGUGGCUAAAAUGGAUGGCAGAUUAAGUCGGGGUGAUCAGAUCCUGGAGGCAGAUUCGGUCAGCCUGCGUCACGCGGCACUGAGCGAAGCCUACGCCAUUCUGAGCGAGUGCGGUCCAGGGCCAGUCAGCCUUAUCAUUAGUCGGCAUCCCAACCCAAAGGUUUCAGAGCAGGAGAUGGAUGAAGCAAUCGCACGAACUACUCACCGAGAGAGUAAGGACACGGGCUCCUCUCAUGUCUCAGGCGCUGUGCAAAAAACCCCAUCUCCCGGUAUGAAGACCAAACAAGGAGAGACAUCAUCUCCCCUCAGCUGGACGAUGAAACGCUUCCUGGAGCCAGCAAGCCGGCAGGGCUCCGUCAGUUCCGAGGCAGAGCUUUCCCAGUACUUCUCGCAUGAUGGCACGAGCCACAUCCCAUUCUCUGAUGCUGUAACUGGCUCCUGUGAUGAAGAACAGCUCCGUCAGAAGAACAGAAGCGGCUUGCUGGAUGACAGCUCUCUUCUUCCUGCUGCUAGAGAAGCAGGAUUGGCAAAAGCAAAUGGUCUGUCUUCUUCAACCAGUGGGAGAUCAUCCUGUCUUCACAAUAAGCACGUGGAGUCUGUCCGACCUGGCAUCCUCAGUGACAGCCCCAAAUCUGCCCGCAGCCCCUUUCAUCGGCAGAGAAGGGUUGUUUUCUAUGAUGGUGAUGCCAGUGAUGAUGAUGAAAGUUCCCACUUGCAAAGAAGCCAGAGGGCCAAAAGCCAGGAGGAUGCUGGCAUUGUCAUUACAACCUCAUCAGUAGAAGCUGAUGAUGAGAUCCAGGACAGCAACUCAGCUAGACAUAUUGGCACAGAAACAUCUUCCCCUGUCUUCAGCAGCUCCGUGGAGUCUGUAGACAGCACGCCAGAGCAAAUAGACUCUCCUUUCUUCCCCAUCAUAGCAUUUGACUACUCAAGUGUGCCUGAAGUUCGUCUCAGCAGCCUAAGUUUGAGGGAACUCCGGGAGGCACAGCUCGAAUCUAAGAGAUCACCGAGACUGGAGCACAGGGCAGUCACAAGAGUGAAAAGCAUGAUGAGCACUGAGUGCCGAAGUCUUCAGAGGCAGAGGACAGAGGAGCAUGGCUCUUACAACAAGCCUGUUGCGAGGAUGCUCCCUCACAGCAAGAAGUGUGAAGCACCUGAUGGGGCUGGGCAGUGCCAGGGUGAAAUCGUCACUCUGGUUCGCAAUGAGCACGAGUCGUUCGGCCUGGAUUUGGAAAUCCAGGCUAUGCCCUUAAAGGUUGUUGUCACAGGGCUACGUCCAGGUGGAGCAGCAGAAAGGGGAUCAAUGGGCAAGAUGACUGUAGGAGAUGAGAUUACCACCAUCAACAGUAUCCCGGUCAGUAAGAUGACUUAUGAGGAAAUCUGCUUGCUUAUGCAGUGUCUUCCUACAUCUGUAACCCUGGAGAUCCAGAAAGCAGCAUCGGCUGUCAGCAGAUUUACAAACCUCAUCCUGUCUCCAGCAGUAGACACUCAAAAUCAAGCUGAUGUCAGCAGCAUUCUCUCAACUGAGGAAGAACUGAAUGCUGGGAAGCAAGAAGGAGCAAGUUUGCAAAAUGCUGGUGGCAGCUGUGCAGGAGAGAGAAUGACACUGCCACCUGAUGCCGUGACCAAAGAUGUGCAGAGAGGUACCACAAAGAGCAGCCGUGCGGAGGAUUGCAUGCCUGUCACCGAUAUUGAUGACUUGCUCAACCAAAUGGGUGCUCCUGAGAGCAGGGCUUCGCGCACCCCAUCGCGAGCAGAGAGCCCCUUCCGAGAUGAGUCCACCACGAUGUGCUGCUGUGGGACUGAUGAAGGCUGCCCUGGUUCUGAGCCACGUCAGGUGAAGGAAGAGCUGCUGGAGAAGGCUACGAAUUGCGCAGCAAAUGCACAAGGGGUUUUGGGGCUGUCUGUGUUGGACUCUAUUAACACAGGCAAACUUUUUACUGUGAAUAAAAACUCUUUAAAUAACUAUUCUAGGAAUUUUAGCAGUUUAAGUGAGGAUGAGUUGCCUGCACCGAGCUGUCCAGAGGGUAAGAGAAGUGACACGUUUCCUAAGUCUAUGUAUGGGGCUGCAGAAGAUUCUCACUCAGAUGCAGAGUCUGUCACAGAAACAUUUGAUAGUGCCAGUGAUGUGCUGCUUGGGCCCUGUGCUGCUGCUAAUGCCCCAGCAGUCUGUACUGUAUUGGAGUCAGAUGAUGAGCAAAUUGAGAUUUGUUGCAUGAACGAUGAGCUGCAAAAGCCUUCUCAGGAGCAGCAUCUCACAUCUGUGACAAGCUCAUCCUCUCUGGCACCACCACAUCACUAUGGUGGCAAAGUUUUGCAAACUGAGGACUGUGCAAUGUGUGGGUCACUGGAGUCAAGCAUCAGCAAACUGGGCUUGGAAGAUUGCAGUGGUCCCAGUUCGUGUCCCUCCCAGUGUUCAGAAGUCUCCUCUGCUUCCCUGUGUACUCCUUCCUCAAUCUUUCUGCCAGAAAAAAACAUCGUAAAGAAUUCAGUUGAUGUCCCUGAAGUUUACACGUUCCAUAACAGUGGUGCCUUAAGUGCAGAAGAACAAGUGGGUCUGGGGAUCAGUAAUGGACACAUGAAAUGCUGUGAAUCUGAUGAAGAGAAAGGGUCUCUGCACUGCAAAAAGAUAAGCUUUUGCUCUGCUAGAAAUGUCAGUGACUUGGAGAACAACUUGCCUGAGAAAGAAGGAUGUCAUGACGAACAGAGAUCCAAAUCUGAAAGUGAAACAGUGGUAGAUGACUGUAAUCAUGCUGUUACCUAUUGCUUAGCAAAGAAAGAAACCAACAUUUUGUCCAGCUUGUCUAAAACAGACAGUAAUCAUGUGAAUGCAACAUCAGCAAGAGCAAUAUCACUCAGGUCUCCCUUUCCCUCCAGAUCUAAAGAUCCAAAGGCUAAUACAACUCAUGACUUGCCAGGGAAAAAUGAGAAAGCUAACUCUGUGACUUCAGGAAGGACUUCAAAUGGAAAAGUCCAAAGCUCGGGCACAAAUCACUGCAAAGAAGCCGCAGUACCGCACAGCCCAUCUUCACAGAAAAAAUCUUGUCAGGAGUCUAAGGGAAUAGCACAAAAAAGUAUAAUGGAAACCCUUUUAAAUAACCAGAAGGCCAAAGGAGGACCAAAGCUAAAAGGUUUCACUAUCAAAAGCAAAGUAAAGGCAAGUUCAGAUUCUUCCAGUGUUAAUCUUACCAAAGUCAGUGGGGCAGAUCAGAAAAGGACUUCUAUUUCUCCACAGCUGUCUCCUAAACUUUUGGGGAAGAAAGCACUGUUGCCCCGUAACUCACCUACAAAUCUAGAUCUGAGCAAAAGCAUUUCAACAGCCUCAAAGACUCUGAAAUCCGAGCUGGAAAAUAAACCAUCUCUGGUCAUUUCUGAAGAUUCACUUCUGCCUGCCCUGAACGGCACCAGCAGCCCAACAGCAUGUGGUGGAAUGAAAUGUGGUGGCUGUGAGCAGCUAACAGAUCUGCAGCAGGCUUGGGGAAAGCCAAAAGAAAAGCAAGCUUCCGUGCAGCCUGCAGUGUGUCAGGUUAGGAGUGUUAAGGUGGAUGAUUUCAGAGCAAGAGACAGUCAAUCCAAAGUUGCUUCAUCCCCUCAAGGGACAACAAAAGUUGAAUAUAUGAAAGGUAGAACUGAGAAUUCUGGAGUGAACCUGAACACAAUGAAGAGCAUCUAUAGUGCAGAUGACAUUAGGCAGUUAGAUUUGCAAAAUGUUGGAGCAUCUGCUGGAGGUUCUUCUUCAUUGAGGUCUCCUGCAGUUCAGCUGGAGCAGCAAGAAGGGCAGGAAAUUCAGCGCAGUUUCAUUGAGGUGAAGCUUUCCUCCUCCUCCUCCUCUUCCUCCUCCUCCUCCUCUUCCUCAUCUUCUGCCUCUUCCUCACCAGCGCCAUUUUUGCAGCUGCCAUUGCUGGAGAAAAAUGAAGAGGUGAACACAGAGAUGUAUCAACUGACUGAAGAGAUGGGGACCACAGAGUAUAUCUCAAAAGUGGAUAUUGCCAGAGACAGAAAUCUCUGUGGCUUGUCAAAACCUGUGACAAGGACGUACUCGAUGCCAGCCCAGUUAUCAGGUCACUUGAGGGAGAACUGCCACGCUGUGGAGCUUCAUCCUGCACAAGGUCCCCAGGGCCAUGCUGCAGACAAAACAUGUCCCCAGGCAGUGACGGGUCCGUUACAGAUGGUGCAUCUCAGCCUGCCAAAUGGCCAGAGUGGGAAGGAGCAGGUAUACAGCUCCAAAAGCUCCCAGAGGAUUCAUGACACAUCCCCCUCCGCCAGCGACGUUACUUACCCUGCCACUGACAAACUGAGGAGUUUCAGGAGGAAUUACUACUACUACGAGCUGAACUGGCCACACGAACCUACCUCAUCCUUUUCUGUCAAACAAAGGAUCAAAUCCUUUGAAAACCUGGCUAAUUUUGACCGACCCAUCGUGAAGGCCAUCGAUAUCCACUCGGCCACGCGGUCCCAACUUGGCAGGAGGUCGUGCAGUGGGAUGGCCGCUUCAUCCAGCCCCGCUGACACACCACGGGCUCUGCGGCGCAGCUUGAGCUCCUAUGGCGGCACACCAAGCCCAGCCGACACCGUGGCCAAGUUGCCCAUAAGCACAGAGCCAACACGUGCAGUUGAGGGUGUCAUGAAGGAAGGAAAGCCCCAGAGGAGUGAGGAGGGCAGCACUGGGGCAGAUCAGCCCCCUUUUCCUUCCAUGGUCUCGCAGGUGCGGCGCAGCCGAGUUCUGGGCCGGCUGCCUCUGUCCCGCUCCAGGCUGCGGGAGCUGCGGGCGCUCAGCAUGCCUGACCUGGACAAGCUAUGUGGUGAGGGCUUCUCAGGGCCGCCCCAGCCCGCCUGUUUCAAAACAGAGCUGGAAAUCACUCCCCGGAGAUCCCUUGUCUUGCCAAGCCAAGGCAGCCCUACGAAGGCAGGGGGGACUGGCAGUGGCAGCCCUCGGGACAGCAGUUCGGGGACACCGGGGUCGGCCUCAGAUGACGACGCACCCCAUGGUGGCUCUCCAGAUGUGGAGCAUCUGGGAAACAGCUGGUCCCUCAGUCUGGAUCAGCUGCUCAUCUCAAACCUGGACCAGCAAAAAUUGCAGUCUGUUUUGUCAGCUCUGGUACCAAAAUGUGACAUUGCUUCUAUGCUCCAAGAAGUCAAAGCACAAGUGAAGAGCAAAGAAGAUGCAUACUUUGUAGUCCUGAGCAAAGAAGAAGGAGCUGGCCUGGGAUUUAGUGUUGCUGGAGGAAUAGAUCUGGAACAGAAAUCAGUCACAGUCCACAGAGUGUUUUCCAAGGGAGUGGCAUCCCAAGAAGGGACUAUCCAGCGAGGAGAUCUUGUUCUGUCAAUCAAUGGCAAGUCUCUUGCAAACUCGGUCCAUGGCGAUGUCCUGAAUGCACUCCAUCAGGCGAGACUGCACAAGUAUGCGGUCAUUGUCAUCCAGAAGGAAAAAGACAAAGCAAACAAUUCCUCCAGACUUGAGAUAUCAGCUACUGGCAGAAAAUGUGUGGGGUCUGGAAAGGAUGUUUCCAUGGAAAUAGGAACAGAUCCAAACCUGGACAUGAAUGAUGUCAUCUGUGUUGAAUUAUUGAAAACCUCUGCUGGCUUGGGCUUCAGCCUCGACGGUGGAAAAGCUUCUAUUGCUGGAGACAGGCCCUUGCUUGUAAAAAGAAUAUUUAAAGGUGGUGCCGCAGAGCAAGCUGGAAACAUAGAAUCUGGAGAUGAGAUUCUUGCUGUUAGUGGAAAAUCAUUACUUGGCCUCAUGCAUUACGACGCCUGGAACAUUAUUAAAUCUGUGCCGGAGGGCCCUGUUCAGCUACUCAUCAGGAAACACAGAACUUCAGUAUGAUGGAAGUGCUACAUCUAAUCACACUUGCUAAGACAAAACAUUUAAAACUGGCUAGAAGCUGUCUUUGUUUCUAAUGCCACAGAAGUGUCUUAAUGCUUUACAAAGAGGUGCUAAGAGCCUUGGAGAACCACUGAGCAAGAGUGUGAUGAACGUCUAAAAUCUCGCCUGGUUAUCAAGAAUGAAGGAAACCAAACACUAGAGACAUCUUUUUUGUAUGUGGCAGUUUUAGUGGAACUUCAAGACCUUUACUGAGUUUGGUUUAAAGUAUUUUGUCUGAGAUAAAUAACGUUGUGCCUGUCCCUCAUAUUUUUGGUAUCUGCAGAGCAUUGGGAGUACAACUUGUCAAUUGCCAUCCUGUUGACAAGGAUGAGUACUUAGACUGUACUGUAUCGCUUAGCUAUAAUCUGACUUCAGGACACUUACUUAGGGUCUGGUCCUUAUUUGUUAUAAUAAGAGAAUGUCUGGAACAAUCUCACUCUAUUCUUCUAAGUGCAGUUUUGCUUAAAGUGCAUGACAAAAGAGACGUAUAAUUUUUGCACAACUUUUAUGCCUAAAGUGAGCAUUUUAUUGCAAAGGUGAAGAAUCCUCCAAAAACUGAUGAAUCAACUCAGCGUCUACCACAACUGAAUCUGCCUUUAGGGGCAACUUGUAUACAAAAGCACUUGGCAAUAAUGCAGCAGAAAUCUGUGAGCAAGAAGAUCAAGUCCAAAUAUUAGGCGACUGUCUACCAAGGUGUAGGCUGAGUUGUUAGUUUUGGGGAGUGAUAAAAAUUGGGGAUUGAAUUUUCAAAUUUAGGCUUCUAACAUUAGACACCUUUAAAUACACAUAUAUUUUUAAAAGAAGGGCAGUUUCCAAGUGCUGAGCACUUGCAGAUCCCACAGACUUCAGCGAUCGCUAAGUACGUCUGAAAGCCAGGCUGCUUUUAUUUGGCUGCAAGAGGCUGAAGGUUGCCCAGCUUGAAAUACUCAAGCUGGAAAAUGGUGGUCUAAGGAUGUGGAUUUUAACAGAUUAAAUCUGAACUGGCCAUAUUUAUGGUGGCUAUUAAUUGUUUUUUUUUUUUUUUUAAUUAUUUUUUUUUCCUUUCCUGUCCAGUAUUUAUUUUUUCUUGUGUGGGAGUGGGUGAGUAUGUGUGUGCAAAGCGUAAGUGCUUCUGGCUGCAUCAGGAAUGGGCUGAUGCUGAGGGUUUUGGAUAGUGAGACUGAAAACUAUUCGCAUGGGUGGGAGAAGCCGUGCUGUAGAUAGAGAAAACUGUAAGGGCUGCAGUGCUACAGGUGCUCCAGUUGGGAUUUUCUCACCUCAGCUCCUAGUAGAGGUAUCGGUAGCGGGCCAUGCUGCUGAGUGUUAUUUAUAGUCUGUUCUAUGGGGAGGAGAAUGUAUGAGUGCGAGAGAUUAGACUGUGCUAUUUCUCUUCCUAUGUCUGGGAUGGCUAAACAACAUAAAAGAGAUAGAGGAGGAAAUGGGCCAGCGUCCUUAUCAGCUGAGAACAAGUUGUUUGUUCCAGAGUGCUCAGGUUGUUUGUCGCGUUGGGCUGCAGCCCCGCUCGUAGCCAACAAGCCCAGGGUGAGGAGCUCUCAGCCUGGAGCCGGUCCAAAUCUGAAGUGCUGCCCUGCUGUUGCAGUAAGGCAAGACACUGUGUAGCUGUUAUAAGAAGGCCCGGGCUCCUCACUUGGCUGUACCCCAAGAUCAUGCUAUCGUUUACUUUGUUUAUGUCUGUAUUCACAGUGCUUGGCUCAGUUGCUUCCAGGAUGGUGGACCCUUGGUUUGGUUCAUUCCUGUGGCAGCUGCGUUAGUCAGCAACUCUUGAUAGGCAGAAUAAAAUUGAGUUCUGUGGGGCAGCCAGAGACCAAGUGAGCAGGAAGGCUGUGCAAUGCUUGCCUAUAAACAAACAUAUUUAAAUCUCUUUCGGUGACAUGUAUUAGCACAAGAAUCUAGGAAGAGAUGCAACUUUCGGUUACGUGAAAGGCAAUACUGUCCAUAGUCCUACAGCUGCUUUGCCUGCAGGAUUUCUGUGGAACGCAUUCAGGGUCAGUGAGGUGGAUUUGAGUCUCCUGUGACCCCAGAGCUCAGCCCCUCUGCCGGGACCACUUCUCACCUUUGGUCCCAUCCUUGUAGGGGAGGAUUUGGGAGGGCACGGCGCUUGGGGUCAGCCCCAAACUGGGGCAGCAGGCCUGGGAUAAAAGAGGUCAGCUUUGUGUCUUCCCUGAAAAAUCAGGGAGAAGACAUUUGGCAGCGAAGAUUAAAUGGGUAGGCCUUGUUCAGGAGUGACCAAAAUCUGAUUGUAAAAGCGUGUAUAGUAGAUACGUAAAAUGCAUGUGGAAUUUAAUGCAGCGUAGUAAAUAUGUACCUGUAUAUGUAUAACACGUUCAAGUGCAGUACUUUUUGCUACUUUAAUGUGCUAAAUCACAAAUAAGUUUUAGGAAACGAUGGGGAUAUUUUUUAGUUGAAAAUCUUUGAGGUCACAGUGCCAGGAGGACAUAUGGCACUCUCCCAGUCCACUGUGAGCUCAAAGAUGAAAUCUUCAUUUUGUAAAGCAAACUUAAUUUGAGAUGUCUUAAAAUGAUACGUGGUGAAUAUUUUCAGACGCUUACUUGCAGAUACUGUUCUUUGUGAGUGAUUUAGAAGGCUUUUGAUUUUCAGUAGUUGAAUACUGUUUAGUAUUUUAUUUUACAUGCAUGUAGAUAUGUGUUGGAUGAAUAACAGCGAGGAGAGGUGGGGAGUUCUGUGUGUAAUUCAGUAGUGGGGAUAAUUUAAAGAUAGGUUUAACAUUUUAAGUCUGAUACUUAAUAUGGGUAGAAUUAUUUACUUCUCUAAUAACUUCGCAGCAAGAAAAAGAAUAGUAUUUAACCCUCGUUGUUUCUGUUCCUGAAAAAACUGUUUUUUUGUGUGUGUGAAGGAACAGGAAACACUUUGACCAGUGCUCCUGGUGUUGAUGUGGUUACAGUGGCAUUUCCUGAUGUUUCUGUUAGGGUGACACUCUCCAUGAAAGCCCCAGGAUUUACAGAAUGUUGACCUGAUCUGUUACAGAAAGGAUGGAUGAAGCAAAGAGAUGCAGCGUACCACUGGUUGUGCAUCUGGAAAGGUAGCUUACUUUUCUGAGAGCCUGGUCACAGCAGAACGGCACAGGAAGUUGUGUUAAUUCAUCAGUAUUCAGUAAGUUCAACAGGCAUUCCGACCUCGCUGUUUGCAUGUCAGACCCACGGUGAUUCUUUGCCACACUGAAGGGCUGACCAAGCUCUAGGAGAGCAGUGACUCCCCAAAGACUCACAGCUGCAUUUUCGUAGACCAAAAAUCAGGAUGAAAUUAUGCAGUUGGUCCACUGCUUUUCACCGGGGACCUGAAGGCGUGCCAGAUAAGGUGGAUUUGCUUCUAGAUAGAGGUCUGGUGGGAGGAUUUGCUGCUUCCUAGGCUUGGAGCACAUGUUGGAUAUGAGAAUAGGCUCUGGUGUGGUACAGCAGUGGCAUCUUCUGCAGGCUUUUGUACGUGGGAGCUCUUCCCAUCUUCUUUGGGGACUACAUCUGUAUUUAAAAACAAAAAACAAAACAACAACAACAACAAAACCACCACAAAACAAAGAAACUGUGAGGUUAGGCCUACAUUAGAGAGGGAACAAUAUCUGAUCAUUUUCUUGCUUAAAAAAGUAAUUGAGAGCAGAUAAGUGUUAAGAAACUGUUGAGUGAUUCGGGUUUUCUGUUGACCCUCGCUUAAAAUUAACCCUUAUGAAUGUUCUGCAGUGGUUCUUGUGAAGAUCUAAAGGAACCAUUCCCAGGUGGGAAUGUUUACCUGCUUCUACAUUUAGGGUAUGUAAAUGUACAUGUGGAAAUAUCGAUGAGAAGUAGGCUAGAUCAUGUGAGAAAUAGGGAUCCCACUCUAGGUUAGGUUUCGUGUAUUAGGCUGACACACUUCUUGUAUGAUACUGUAUAUUUACACCUUUAUUUAUAUGAAUAAAACUUCUUCUAAUGAAAACUGUUUUAAAUGCCUUGUAUAUUACAAACAGCGAGUGCAAUAACAUGAAAUAGAUUGUACAUUUUCCAAUUUGCUGUGUCUGUUAUGUAAAUCUGUGUCGCCAUAAACUGUUUUGUUCGGGUUUUUUAGUGAUUUUGAAAAUAAAUGGUAUCCUUAGUA